GGCUGGAAUGGUGUUUUUUCUUCUUCCUCACAGCCAAGCUGAUUUCCAAACUCUGUAUAUCGUACUCGCGUUAUAUUGGAGUCUUGUGGUAAUACUUCGUACGACGAUGCUUGUGCCGACACCAUUAAGAUACCUUCCGAAUAUGAUGACUUGUUCGAAAAACAAUUAACCUUAUCCACUGCGUGUUCACUAGCAUCUCCCUUUAGGUUCUCCAGCUCGUUACGAAGCUAAUCGUAUAGCAUCAUAUCCGUGCUUGCCUAUCUGUCAAGCGACGUGCCGGACAACUGCCAGGUUGUGGGGUCAUGCACUAAUGGUCGAUGCAGCGGACAUGAUUGUCGGCUAUUCUUAUGCAGAUAUUGAUAUCCCCGAAGGCUUGCGUGCAGCAUUUCCUUUGACCUUAAGCAUCAAUCAACAAGAUGUCGACUCUCUUCUCGAGUAUUCGCGAAAGUUACUUCGGACUCAAAACACUUCUGAAAGACACGGCGGAGGACAGUGCGGAAUUGACCGCUCUACUGGACCGCAUCAACGCCAGUCCUGGAAUUCCUGUGUCAAAUCCCACGACCUCUUUUUGGUUGAAAAAUCCUCCAUUUCCGGAUCUUGUGGAUGCCCAGUCCAAAACAUUACCCAAGACCGUCUACAUUGUGAUAAUUGGAUCGGGAAUCACUGGUGCGAGUAUUGCACGCACGAUCUUGUCAGAAUGUGCUUCCAUGAACAUUAAGAAGCGUGUGGUGAUGCUUGAAGCGCGACAAGUAUGCAGUGGAGCAACGGGGAGAAAUGGUGGUCACAUCAAGUGCACGCCCUUUGAGUCCUACCAUGAAUCUAAGAAACAUUUUGGGGCUGAGCGAGCAAAAUUCCUUGUUAACUUUCAAAUGUCUCAUCUCCCGGUUCUGGUUGACCUGGCGAAGCAGGAAGGCUGGAAUUUGGCGGAAACUCGUGAGGUUGAGACUCUUGACGUCUUCUAUGAUGAGGAAAGGUUCACUGAGUGGAAGGAAAUGGUGGAAGAAUAUCGACGCGAAAUGCCAGAUGAAGCGAAAGGUGUUGAACUUUGGGAAAAGGAGAUUGCACGAGAGAAAUAUCAACUCGGUGAGCAUGCUUUCGGAGCGAUCACCUACCAAGCCGGUGCGAUAUGGCCCUACCGUCUUGUUACAUGCAUCCUGGAUUCCUUGCUCCGAAACUAUCCGUCUGAGUUUUCCCUCGAAACACACACUGCAGCUCAAAGUAUAAGUACAACCAGAAACCCUAACCAGCCUUUCAUUGUCCACACUUCGCGGGGUGAUAUCCUUGCUAGUCAUGUCAUUCAUGCGACUAAUGCACAUACUUCAAAUCUCGUACCUGGUCUUCGUGGUAAAAUCUUCCCAGUUCGUGGUACAAUGAGCGCUCAGAGACCUGGGAAAGACUUUCCGGAGUUGAAAGGUUCCAGAUCAUGGUGCUUCAUAAACAAGCAUGGAUACGAAUACAUCACCCAGCGCCCAGGGAAGGUUGACUCGAUUGAUAGCCAGGGAGGGGAAAUUAUGACGGGCGGCGCCAUGGUACAAUCAGGCAAGAAAGGCUUCUGUGAGUUUGGUAUAGCUAGUGAUGCUGAGACCAACUAUCUUGCUGGAUGUCACCUCAGUGGUGUUUUACCCAUGGCAUUUGGAUUCGAAAAUUGGGGUGAGGAUGCUCCAGGAGGAAGAGUGAAGAAUUUAUGGUCUGGUAGUUUAGGCCUGACGGCAGAUAUGAUGCCAUUCGUAGGAAAGCUGGAGCCAAGCUUGACUGGACGUGCUCUGCCAAAGGUUCCUCCUUCCAAAGACGCAAGCAAACUAUGACAAAUCCUGCUGAAUGGAUAUCAGCGGGGUAUAAUGGAGAGGGGAUGGUGAAUGCGUGGUUGUGUGGCGUGGCCCUCGGAUUGAUGGUUAUGGGUAGAGCAGAAAUCGAAGCGUCUAACAUAGCUGGGAGGCCAGAUGGGAAGCUCUAUGACUGGUUUCCCAAGGAAUACAUAUGCACGCAGGAGCGAGUCACUAAUGCUAGCGUGUAUCAGCUCUUGGAAACGAGGUAGAUCAGGG